UUUGUGGUUGGUUAGGUGAUGAAGCUUUGGAACAUAAAAAUAGGUAUUAAUAAAGUAUUUCCAUCGAUUUACUCCAUGUUAAUUCCCGUGCCACAUCAUAAUGGCUAUCGUUAUUAAUCAGUUGAUGCUGGACAAACUCGUUCACGAAAUCAAGGAAAUACGAAUUCGCACGCUUCAAGAUGUCGAUAAUAAGUUGAAGCGUGCGCUGUGGGAUCAUGUCGAGAUAAAAUUCAGCGCACCGGCUCUUUUCAAGAAUCUAAUUCGCUGGUUUGGCCAUUACCCCAUAUACGAGGAAGUUGUGGUGCUAAAGUUGAUGUCGCUGCUGUUGGCAAGCGAAUAUGCGACGGAGAUCGUACAGUUCUUCACUGCCGAGCGGAUCAUAAAAGAGCUAAAUAAAAUACGUUAUUUGCUCGGGACGGAAUCCGAGCAUCUAAUGUUGGUGGAGUUUAUUAUCCAGCAAGUUGGUGUAUUCAAGCCUGGUCCCGCAAAAAGCUUGGAGAGAGAUGGUUUAGCUGAUCUGGAAACUGAAAUGGCCAACAUGGAUCUCGCUUCAGAAGGGCCAGCGUGCAGACUUCAGGCUAUCCUAGAUGAACUGGAGUCGCGCUGGACAGACAAAGAAACGCUCUACACAAACGACUGGGAAAUCCCCACCAACGCGGUUGCAAGUCGGCUAGAAAGUUUCAACGAUUCCCUGCUGAUGGACGAUCACGAAAAGUCUCUUCAAUUAGGGCUCAGCUACGUGAUACCGUAUACCAAAAACUAUCCGGCAGAGUUUUUCCUGCGCCCGCCAUACAUUUGCCUUUCACUUGUCCGAUUGGUCCGACUGCGUCGAGUGAGCAUUCGGGCAGGUUUCGAGAUGUUGCUACAUUUGCUUGAGGCGCUUCGGAAAAGAGUUCGCCAACGAUGUACCGCUGCUAUGUACAUGCCUCCGGAAAGUACCGAUGCAAAAGAAAAGUCCCAGCUAUCCAUUUGUGCCUUCGUCUAUGAACUGUUAAUGCUGGGGACGGAGCUUUUGAAGGAAAAUUCGUCCGAUUUGGAUCUGAUGGCGUCGAAUAUGAUUUUUCUUGUCUUUCAUAAUGCAAUGAGCUUCUCGUUGCCGGACGCUUGUUCAAUGAUGGAAAAUUUCCCCGCUACUCGGUUUGCGGAGGUACGCAACGAGCUUGGUUACCUGUUGAAGCACUUCCGCCAGGAAUGGGAAUCGAACUCCAAAAAUUCCAACGCUCGCUUGCGGCACCGGAUGGUUCUGCAAACAAUGGUUGAUUUGAUUGAUCACUGGAAUAAGGUCCACGACAAUAACAAUAAGGGAGCCACAAACGUUGGCCCUGCGACUAGCGAAGCAGGAAAAUACAACCCAUCCGAUUUUGCUACAAUGAACUCGACCGGCCAUCAGCGAGCAUUAGAGGAGAUGGACGACACAUGGUUGCACGAAGUACAUCUGGCGCUGCUCGACUAUCCACUGCAGAAGGCGUGUCCUGAUACAUAUCAGCACUUACUACUAUUGACGGCUAUUGCAAAAGGGGAUAUGCAAAGAAUACGUAUCCUUGGUGCAGUUCCCAGCCUGCUUGAGUCAGUAGUGGAAUUGAUACGUUCUGGACCGGCUGCUGCGUUGGAACUGAGUCACAACGAACUGGUUGCCCUCUCGCCGAACGCCAUAAAGAUGGCAUUUUUGCACCGUUCGUUUGGAUUGAUCAGGAUGAUUAUGAACGCACUUGGAAGAUGUGCUAGUUCCAUAACUGAGGAUUGUCCACUGUGGGAUACCGUCGAAACCCUCACCAUCAAUUUGUUGGCAGAACGCGAUGAUGAAAUUCGUUGCGAGGUCUACGAUGUGUGCCUGGAGAUGGUCAAAAAGUGCGCCGCGGCGCUAGAUGAAUGUACGAUCCUGAAGCUUCCUAAGUUGGCAAAAAAUCUGCCUCCAAAGCUGCGCGCCAUUGGCAUACCGCUGUCUUUGCAGAUCCUGACGGAGAUCAUUUGCUUUGGAUACACUAGUCCGAAUAGUAAGAUUCGUCAAUGUGCUGAAAUGAUAUUGCUGAUUCUUUGCAACGGGAAAAUGUACCUGGGAGUAAAGUGGGCGGACUUACAGGAGAUCCUGGUGCCCGUCAUGCCGAUCCUACAGAUGGCCGUCGUCGGCUCCGAGGAGACGCAGAUUCGGAAAACCGUCAUAGGAAUGCUACAUCCCGACUUCGGUCUUCCCUGGCUGGUGAUGCUGCAGGGCAACUUGCGUCUGCUGUUCCACGAGGACAGGACUCUCCGACAGGAAGCGAUGAGCAGGGUGCUAUUUCUGUUGACCACCGUUGAGCAGCCCGACAAACGGAUGAUUCCACGGCUCGAGCACAUCAGCGACACAAUUCCACACGAUCUGUGUCUGGUGAAGUAUCCGUAUGAUCCCCCGCGACCGAGGAUGACCCACGAAAAGUCCCAAGAUUCGGUGCCCACGUUGCUGGCCAUAUUGGAAAGUGAAGAUAGUGAGCCGGGGCUACGGCGCAGCACACUGGUACAGCUGAACCGGAUGGCGGCAGAUCCGGAGAUAUGCGAGCUCAUCCACAACUUGUCCGGCUGGGUGCCGGUGCUAAAGGCACUCUCGAAUUCACUGCGCGAGGACCAUUGCCAUGACGCACCACAGUCGGCCAUCCCUGCAGUGGGUAUUCUCACGAAACUUUGCUUCACGGUCCUCACAUUCCGACGCUUCCUUGGAAGUAACGAAAAUGCGUACACACUGAUUGUUCGCUCGCUGCUCUGCUAUCACCACAAUCCGGAGUUUCGCGCUGAGUGUGUUGCCCUGGUUUAUCUGCUCCUAUUCGCCGACUGUUCCAUAGGGAGUGGUGUGAUGGUGUCCUUACCAGCCCUAUUCCGAAACCCCUCCUUCCGAUUGCCUUUCCUUUGCCUCUUUCACUGGGAGUACAGUCCUUUUCGGCUGGUGAACCUAAUCGAGAUACUGACCCAGGGGCGAGCGGUCGGGGAACAUGAGCUGCAGCUCGACUGGGGCAGCGGAAGCAUUCUACGCGUUGACGAACGGACACUGUUGCAGCAGGUACGCUUGGACGGUGGGUAUCCGCGACUGGGGGACGAGUUACCGAAUCUCACAGCUGGCUCCACCUCGGUGUCCUGGUCGUCCACCUAUCGGGAAUACCUGAUGCGUUACAUCCGUUUCGCAUUUGCCGAUCUCUGGUUUGGAGGGUUGGAUAAAGUUCUUAAGGCGAUUAAGAAUCAUCGUAAGCAGAAUGGCACGACCACCGCUGCCGACCUCGCACCGAUCGAGUACAGCGGACGAGGGGUGGCCGGUACGCCGAUCUUCGGGUUCAACCGAGAUCUGCGUCUGACGAAACAAGAUCUUCGCUGGCUGAAGAUAGUAGACAAUGCAUCCACACUGCGAAAGGUCGUACGACGCAUCACCACGGCGAAGACGCACAAAGAUGUGUACGGUUAUCUUGCCACGUUGGAGGCAAACAUGUUCUUUCCAACGAACAGCACCGAGUGCCUCCCGGACGAGCAGAUUACCAUCGACACGCUACAACGUUACUUCCUUGCUCCGCCAACCACAAACGCCGACCAGCAGCUGCUAGUGGUGGUUCUCAGUACCGUCGGCAAUAUGAUCGAGUAUGGGGAGGACAAAAUUCUCGGGUGGGUAAUCGGUAUGCUGUCGGCUGAGGGCGAGAACUUGUUCAUCAAGCUGCUCCGUAGCGAAACAACCUGCAUUGAGUUGUACGCGAAAACGGUCCGCUUUCUACGCGUCGUACUGCUCGCUCUGGUGCGAAACUACCUGAUUUCCGAUGACCGCCACCAGCAGCAAACCAUAGACAAGGCAAUGAUGGAGUCGGUCUGGGACGUUCAGAUGUUCCACGCCGUCGGUCAGCAGAUGGACCACGAGCUGCAGGUUGGCAACUUUGGUCGCGUGUUCCUGCUCGUCGGGCUGCUCGAGGUGCUUUCGGGCCACGUCGCUAGAAAGUGCUUGGAUGUGGCCCAAAUCGUCCCGAAGAUGCUGCAGUAUAUUCGCGAAACUCGUUCGACCAGUUACACCGGCUCGACGAUCGUGCUAUCGAGUUUGGUUGCGAUCCGGGAGCUAAUCGGCAGUACAACGGUCAUCCUAAAACCGGCACACUUUCGACUGCUCUCGACACUGUGUGGCCAUAGCUGUCCACUGAUACGCACCUGCGCCUGGAACGUGCUGGCGCGGCUGGCCACCAAGGAGGCCAAUGCCAAGAUGAUCGUACAGGACUGUGACUACCUUCCCGGGGGAAUCCACGCCUGCUGCGUCAGUACGCUGCUCGAUGAACGGGAAGCAUGUUUGGUACGCGAGUCGGCCGCCUGCUUACUGACCAACUUGUUUUCCCACCUCGUCGACAGGGAUGGCGUCGUGUGGGAGGUAGUUCUGCCGCAAGACUGUGCAUUUGCCGAUCAACCACGAGAUCCCAAGGACCCGCUGGCGCUGGUGAAGGUUCUGCUUGCGAAACAAGAUUUUUUCCGACAGUCAGUUCGUUCGCUGCAGCAUUACGUGCCGAAGCAUUAUUUGACCGACAGUGGUCGGUGUGCCAUACCGGUGCAAGGGCCAAUUGUUUCGGCCGAGCUGGUGCAAGCCUACGCCAUAAUCUACCGCUCGCUGCUUGAAAUGAGCCCCACCGUAUUCGGGCCGUUGAUCUUCGAGAAAGGUUGCCUCCAGGGUCUGCUGAACUGCAUCGCCGUGCACCCGUUCGGCCCGUCGCUCAGUCACCCGCAGUGGCUGCUGGUGGCGGAAAUCUGUGGGCUGAUCAUGCGAUGCAUCCAGGAACCGAACCGCUUUACGUUCAUGCCGGUACUGACUGCAAAUCAACGCUUCUUCGAGCGCAUCAUGUCAUUGCUGCGUCCCACCGAUUAUGGUACCGGCUACUCUCCACAGUUCGUCUGCCAGUCAAAUAUCAUGCACAUGCUGAAUACCCUGAUGCAGACUACGCUGCUAUGUAAGAAGGUUAUAAGAUUGGCCUUCGCGGAAGCAAACAUACUGUCGAUUGCCCAGUUGAUCUGCGAAGAGCUUGCCGGUUCAGAGGAAGUGAUACAAAUGGCUUGUCACGAUUUUCUGGUUGUUCAGAUAAACGACGCGAAUACGCGUGAAAAAUCCCCGUUUCUGAACCGCCUGGAGGCGCUCGAUAUGCUGAACGAUGAGGACGAUCUAUCACAGUCGGGUGAUUCGAGAAACUCGGAUGACGAUUCCAACGGCGAGGAGGUGGAGGAAGAGGAGGAGGAUGAAGAGGAGACGGAGGAGGAUGUUGAAGCAGUUGCGGAAACCGCCAAUGCAGGGAAAGAAGGCGGAUCGGUAAAGCUUUGUCGCUCCAGUGCGCAAAACAGUGGAUCUGGUCGCAUCUUUAUGCUGGUGCUGAACCAGUUCAAAGACGUCGUCUCCAGCCUACCGUUGACUCGCUGCGGCAUGGGGCAGCUCAGUGUGAAGGGACAAAAAAUAUUCAGCACCAUGCAGAUGAUGCUGUAUGCGUCGCCGAAGUGCCGUCAGGUGGCCUGGGAAUGUGGGCUGCUGGAAGUACUGGUGGAAUUGUUGAACGCGCUCUACCAGGACGGUAUUGGUGGAUUAACUUACGCUGAAUUUGUACGCAAGUACGGAGAGGCCAAGAAGGGACCGUAUGUGAACCUGCUGACUGAAUUGCUGAGGACGAUGAUUUGUUGGUUCGUUGCUAAGGGCGAGGCACUGCAACUGCAACAGGAUCAGAUAAACGCACUUUGUCGGGUCGUGCUGAACUUUUGGUCCUGGAGUAGUGGCAGCGAACUAUUAAAGCUUUCGCUCUUCCAAACGCUAGGCGCACUCUCGGCCGAUUCCAUUUUCGUCUGUAAAUCAUUAGCAGCAACAUUCACCGGGUAUCCACACAGCAUUAUCAAGCUGCUGAUCGUGACGGUCACUACUGAGACAGCUCGCGUGAAGGCAACGAAAAACGAUCUCCCAACGCUGGCCCUGGCUGUGCGUGUGCUAAUGCAGUGUUGCUGCUGCCAGGAGGGCCGUAGUACGAUCAGCAAAUUGCACCUGCUGGACAAUAUCAGCAAACUGCAUCCGAGCGUGACGCGCCUACAAAAACCGUGGCCCGAAGUGACGCGCUUGUGGCUGGAGUUCUGGGAGCACUACAGUCGGUAUGAGGAUGGCUGCGAGGUGAAACAUCUCACCGUUCUUGGAGCACUGGUGCGCCGAUCCGAUCAUGAUCUUCGCCACUUCGCCCUGGCCAUCAUCCGUAAUCUCACGUUCGUGAACGCUAACCGACCUGCUUUGCUUGCCUCGUCCGAUUACAUGUUUAUGCUCCAGAGUGCCCUGAAUCGUUCCGCUAGCCGUGGCGAACAGACGAUGGCCACGGUGACGGUGUGGAAGAUGAUCGCGAACAAUCACAAAGGCCGGGCAGCCAUCAAGGCUAGCCCGCUGAUACGCCACAUUGCCGAGCUGGUGAAGUUCCACUCGAUGACGGCCGAGGGAAACGAGCAGGACGACCUCUGGAACGCCCUGAUGACGGUGUAUCGCAUUUUGCAGGCUUAG